UAGUUUGCACCACGCUCUCGUGUCAGUAUCAUCAUCCCGCAGUAGGGUAAUUACUCUGUAUGAUGUGCGGCGUUGUUUUUGAACGGCUGAUUUGUUCAGACUUUACUUUUGCCGAUAAAGGACUUUGGUGAACUUUAGCAAGCGUUAGUUUUGAAGUCACAGCGAACUCGAGCUCGUUGUUAUAAUUUUCAUCUUGCUGUGUCCUAGUCUUCGACUUGUGUUACUUCCUAGGCAGACGUCAUGUUGCUGUCCCUGUCAGAUUCCAGGAGAGGCCUGACUUGGAGCAGAGAGCAGUGAGCAGCAGCAGUCAUGGUGCUGAAGGUCUUCUUCCCUCAGUGCUGUAACCGGGCCGACAGUGGGCUGCUGGUGGGCCGCUGGAUCCCAGGCCAUGACUCAGCUGUGGUGUUGGCUGUCAUUCACUACCCCUUCAUCCCGGGCCAGGUCAAGCAGUACAUCCAGCAGAUGCAGGCCCAAAGCCAGGUGGAGCUGUCUGUGCUUGGCUCAUGGAGUUUACCCAAGGAGGGUCAGGAGAGCAUGGAGAGCUUCCUCAGGGACCUCAGCACCAUCUUCCCCAAGGGACGCUGGCUCCAGAUCAGCCGUCAGAUGGGCAAGAUGGGCUUUACUUGUCAUAUCGUCAACCGGGACCAGAAUGGGAAGGCAGUUCAGCAAGAGGUGACGAAGGAAUAUGAGGAUGGAGAUGGGAAUGGUGAGAGAGAAGAGGAGGAGGAGGAGGAGGAGAGGGUGAUCUUCGUACACUAUGACCAGAGGAAGGUCAUGCUGUCGCAGCUCCACCCUGCACAGAGCGGAAUCCAUGAGCCUCAAUCUGAUGCCCCUUCUGAACUGAGACAGAUGUUCCAGACAGUGGCCCACAGCGAGCCUCUGUUCUUCCUGGACAGAUAUGACGAUGGGCCACUUAAGUCCACCCACUGGCAGUCAGAGGGGCGAGAAGCCAGCAUCAUAGUGGAGCUGCUGAAACAGGCGUCUGUCCCGCUGUGCCUGCUUGUCAGCUGGCUGCUCUCUGUGUGGACGUGGAUCUGUAAUCUAUGGAUCUUCAGUGUUUACCCGGUGCGUUUUCUGUCCACUAAGCUGUCCACCUGCAUCCAGCUCAGCUACAGGACAGAGCACAUGACCACACUCAGCUCACCCAACCCUGCGGCUACACACACACACUUCAUGAGGAAGGCCAACAUCUUGGUGUCAUUCAUGGUGGAUGUGGCUCUCGGCAUGCUGCUCAUCUCCUGGCUCUACAGGGACAAUCGUAUCACUGUUGUGGCUAACACACUGGUGCCUGCGGCUGAUCAUGUGGCUAAAGAGCUGGAUAAGCUGCUACAGUGGUUGAUGGGAGCUCCAGCAGGGCUGAAAAUGAACCGUGCUCUGGACCAGGUCCUUGGCCGCUUCUUCCUCUACCACAUUCACCUCUGGAUCAGCUACAUCCAUCUGAUGUCUCCCUUCAUUGAGAGGAUCCUGUGGUAUGGAGGCCUGUCAGCUUGCCUGGGCCUGACUUUUGCCCUCUCUCUGCUCUCCGACAUGGUGGCCCUACUCACCUUCCACAUCUACUGCUUUUACGUCUACGGAGCCAGGUUGUACUGUCUGAAGAUCUAUGGGCUUUCUUCUCUUUGGAGGCUCUUCAGAGGGAAGAAGUGGAAUGUGCUGAGGCAGAGGGUGGACUCCUGCUCCUAUGACCUGGACCAGCUCUUUAUAGGAACACUGCUCUUCACCAUCCUGCUGUUCUUGCUGCCCACCACAGCUCUCUACUACCUGGUCUUCACUCUGUUGCGGCUCGUGGUGGUGCUGUUCCAGGGUAUUCUCCAUCUCAGUGUGGAUUUCAUCAACUCCUUCCCCCUGUUUGCCAUGGGCCUGCGCAUCUGUCGGCCCUACAGACUGGCAGAGGGAGUGAAAUUCAGGGUGUUGUGUGACGAGCCUGGGACAGCCCUUCACCUGCUGAUGGAGAUUAACCCACUGAGGUGCAGCAGAGUGGUUCAAACCUACCGCACCCCGACUUACAGCUGUUACCCCAAAGACUCAUGGGCUGCCCUGGUCAAGAAACUGUUUGUUGGGGAGCUGAUCUACCCGUGGAGACACAAAAUUUCUAAGGUCGACUGAGAGACAGGCCAGGAGCAAGAGGAAAGAGAACAGGUAGAAUAAAAUAAGAGAGGGAAACAGAUGAAGGGAAAGGUGGGAGAUGG